CAUUAUAGUAUUUAUAUCAUAAGAUAUUAGGCAAAAUGGACCUCAUGAAGGUGAAAAGUUUAAUACGUGAUCUGCCUCUGGGGCCUCUCCACAGAUAUAGACAGCAGGCCACGUUUGAUUGGAAAUCGCUAAAAAUCAAGUUUGAGGGUGAGGCUGCGUUGCAAUACAAGAACAAAAUCUGGUCAUAUAUGGAAAGCUCACCACUUUUUCAACCUCACGUCACCUCGCAGACUUUGGAUGCACAGCGUAGAAUGUGCCAUGCGAAAAUGCUUGCCAUGCUCAAAGACGAUCUGCUACAGGCUCCUGGUGAUGUUCCUAACGCUGUUUGGCUCGAUACCCUGUUUCAAUAUGAUGGAUCACUACCUGUAAAAAGUGCUAUCUCCAUCGGCAUGGUACCUGGAGUGAUAUUUGCUUUAGGAAGUGAACGACACAGUGAAUUUCUUGAAAAGUUCCAAGAGGGUAAGAUACUCGGAUGUUUUGCUUUGACAGAAAUAUCUCAUGGAACAAAUGCUAAGGGUAUAAGAACAAGGGCUACUUACGAACCCAAGAAGAAAUGUUUUGUUCUUCACUCCCCAGAUUUUGAGGCUGCCAAGUGUUGGGUUGGUGGACUCGGAAAAUCAGCAACGCAUGCUAUAGUAUAUGCACAACUAGUAAUGCAUGAUGGUACAAAUCAUGGACUACAUCCAUUCAUUGUACCUGUACGUGACGUCCGCACUUUAAAACCGCUACCAGGGGUAAGAGUUGGAGAUCUUGGUGAAAAAAUUGGUCUGAAUGGAGUAGACAACGGUUUUGUGCAAUUUACCAACUACAUUAUGCCACGAGAAAAUCUUUUAAAUAGAAUGGGUGAUGUUACGGAAGAUGGAAAAUAUGUCACAGCUUUCAAAGAUCCCAGUAAACGAUUUGGAGCAUCAUUAGGGGCGCUUUCUGUUGGUAGGGUAAACAUAAACGUCAUGUGCACAGCAUAUCUAACUGUUGCAAUAGUUAUUGCAAUUAGGUAUUCAGCUGCAAGAAAACAAUUUGGACCACUCAAGGAGGAAGAAUGGCCAGUUAUUGAAUACCAAAUUCAGCAACUUCGACUUUUUCCACAUUUAGCAGCUGCCUUUGCUUUAAGAAUAUUCUCGUACCAGUUUUCCAGUAAGACAGACGCUUUUCAAAUAAAAAUGCUAGGCGGAGAAGACCGAGAUCUCCUUGCUGCGGAGGGUCUAGAGAUUCACGCGCUGUCCUCUGCAACAAAGCCUCUCUCUGCAUGGACUGCUCGUGACGCUAUUCAGGAUUGUAGAGAAUCCUGUGGGGGCCAUGGAUAUUUGAAAGCAUCUCGCUUGGGCGAUUUAAGGAAUGAUAAUGAUGCAAACUGCACUUACGAAGGAGAGAACAACGUUCUGAUUCAACAAGCUAGCAACUGGUUACUAAAUCAGAGAUUAUCUAUUGAAAAAAAUGAACCUGUUUUAUCUCCGCUUGGCUCUAUAGACUUCCUACCAGAUGCUCAGAGUAUUCUGCAGCUAAAGUAUGUUAGCACUACCAUCGAAGACACAAUGGAACCUGAGAAUCUACUCAAAACGUUCAAGUGGCUGGUUUGCCAUUAUCUUGAAAUGACACAGAAGCGUGUAAAAGAAUUAAAUAAUAAUGGACAAAAUUCUUUUUCGGUGCGAAAUAAUAGCCAAUCAUUUUUCGCGCGGACUUUGUCACUAGUAUAUGGGGAACAUGCCAUAAUAAAGGCCUUCGUUGAAUAUCUGCAAGAUCCUAAGUGGAGCACAGAGGAACGAAAGGUGUUGUCUAGAUUAUGCUCACUAUAUGCAGCUUAUUUGCUCGAACGGAGACUGGGCGACCUAUAUGCAGGUGGAUAUGCGGCAGUGGAUUCUCAAAUUGACAUCUUGUUACGCGACGGCAUAAUUUGGCAAUGCAAGGAACUCUUGGUAGAUGCUGUUUCGCUUGCUGAUGUUCUCGCACCGCCAGACUUCAUCCUCAAUUCGGCACUCGGCAUGUCUGAUGGUCAGAUAUACAAGCACAUCGAAGAAUGGAUUUUGAAAGAUAAGCAAAAUCUUGAGCGACCAUCAUGGUGGAAAGAGAUUUUGCAGGCAAAGUUGUAAGAGUUUUCCGAUACAUAUUUGUAACGCGAAUUUACUUUUAACAUUCGU